GCCUCGCUCCUCAAGCCUUUAAGUAUUUGCAGGCGCGUCCACACUGGGUCCAGGUCCUGCUUAACGUGAAUGGUUGCGUUUCGCCAGCCCACUCUUGUAUAGUGAGCAGUUGUCCCUGGCUGCAUCACCAGCCACUCACUUCAAACCAGAGCCCAGCUAAAUAACCUUUCUUGCUGUUUCUUGAACUCUCCAGAGUGCUACAAUAACCAAGGAGAGUAACAGUACCUGAAACUUUUGGCUGUUAUACCAAAUCAGAGAAUCUAUCUCCUCCAACAUGGCAGGUAAGAAAGUGCUCAUCGUCUAUGCACACCAAGAACCCAAGUCCUUCAAUGGGUCCCUGAAGAAAGUGGCUGUUGAAGAACUGAGCAAGCAGGGAUGCACAGUCACUGUGUCUGAUUUAUAUAGCAUGAACUUUGAGCCAAGGGCCACAAGAAAUGAUAUCACUGGUGCCCCCUCUAAUCCUGACGUCUUCAGUUAUGGGAUAGAAACCCAUGAAGCCUACAAGAAGAAAGCUCUGACCAGUGAUAUAUUUGAAGAACAGAGAAAGGUGCAAGAAGCUGAUCUUGUGAUAUUUCAGUUUCCACUAUACUGGUUCAGCGUUCCAGCAAUCCUAAAAGGUUGGAUGGAUAGGGUGCUGUGCCGAGGGUUUGCCUUUGAUAUCCCAGGCUUUUAUGACUCUGGUUUUCUCAAGGGUAAAUUAGCUCUCCUUUCCUUAACCACGGGAGGUACAGCGGAGAUGUACACAAAAGAUGGGGUCAGUGGAGAUUUCCGGUACUUCCUGUGGCCACUUCAGCAUGGUACACUGCACUUCUGUGGAUUUAAAGUCCUUGCCCCCCAGAUCAGUUUUGGUCUUGAUGUUUCAUCAGAAGAAGAAAGGAAAGUGAUGCUGGCAUCAUGGGCCCAGCGGCUGAAGAGCAUCUGGAAGGAAGAACCCAUCCACUGCACACCCCCUUGGUACUUCCAAGAGUAACAUUUUGUGCUCUGAGUACAGCUGACAAGCAACACAGUGAGAGACCUACAGCAUGUGCAAAGAGAAGGUGGUGUUGUAUCCUGAGAUGUAUUUAACAGUGCCCACCAAUGAGUGUCUUCAGUUUAAUACAACUAGUUCAGAUAUUUCAAAAGUCAGCUUGUUGCACUGUAUUAGUUCUACCUGGUCAUUCAUUCAUUUUUCAGUUCUUUAAUGUUUCUCUAAAAUUUCUACUUUUGUAGCAUAGUUUUCUAUAUUAUAAACCAGGGCAGUGGGAAUUGCUUCUCUACAAAGAGAAGGAAAUGGCCUCACCCAUGGUUAUGUUAUUAGGCACCAUUCCCUUAGGAACACAGGGCCUUAGUGACCUUGCAAAAUCCUUGUCUCUGUGGAAUUCAGUUCCUUGAGCCACUCUGAGCAGAGGUGAGUAACAAAGAAGGAAGCAUUGUUAAUGUCAGAAAGUAGGGGGAGUGUGGUAGAAAAUCCUAGCAGCUCCAGUCUCCAAAGUACAGAGAUGCUGGCAAAAGUCUCUAAGUGGAGAACACAAGCCCCAGAAGAUGGUGAAACACAGGGAUUAGGAAUUAGGUGGUUUGUGAGCAAUUCCAUGAUGGAGGUGGUAUAGCAUCCUUGGAGAAACCCAUCUUGUUACAUGAGACCUUCCCACUGAUGAGUGUGCUAGGCCAACAGUCUUGCCCUUCAAGUAUUACUCCACUUGGAUUACACCAGAGCCUCUUUAUCUAGUACAGUAGUAAUUGGUCCAGCACCACUGAGACCAUCUGGCAAGAAAACCAAAGGCUUUAGUCUACAAAAAUACAAAGAAAGUGAAAGUAUUUUGGAAAUUAACUGCUGUUUGAGUUUUGUUAUUUGUUUGUUAGCAGUACUAGUUAUAAUGGUAAGGAAAAAGUAUCUAACACAUACACACACACACACACACACACACACACACACACACUGAAUGAAUAUUUAACAUGCCAGAAACUGCUAACACUUUUUAGUUAUAUGGUAGCUCAUUGAAUUCUUUUAAUAGCCUUGUAAGCAAGAAAAGUUGUCUCAUUUUAUAGGCACAGACACUGAGGCAGAAUUAAGACUAUUUCUUGCUCAAGGGUCACAGCUAUAAAGAGGCAGAUGUAGGAUUAGAGCUGAGACAUGGCCCUCCACUAAGCUGGUAUGUGGCACUGUUCACACUCAGCUUCUCUUGCACAUCUUCCUGGUCUUUCUGGUGGCGACACUGAUUUCCCUUUGGGUAUUGUGUCCUUAUGCUGAGAUAUGUUGUUUUCACAGUGGUGGUCCCUCCUUUGUACCCACGUGUGGCAUCAGACAGACCUGACUAAUCCAUGUUCUGUGGCCCAGAAAUAACCCAAGCCAGAAAGGAAAUUAAAUUCAGGGACUGAUCAGACCUGAGAAAUAAAGCCCUUUCUUGCUGGAGUUGUGGCAUUGUAAAUCAGAAAGCAUACAUAGAGAUGUCAGCCUGCAACCAAAAUCAUGCUGAGGAAAAGAUUAUCUACGCUAUAGAAAGAUACUUCUGCUGGCAUCUGUUGAACACAGGUACCUAUGCUUAUCUGCAAAAGUUAGUCAUCAGCAUUCCAGUUAUGAGGCAAUGAACUGCCCUUUGGAGCUUAAGUGGGGGUUAAGUUUGUAUCAAUUACAAUGGAAACAAAUUUGGGUAAUCAACAGAUAUGAUUAUACAAAAACUAGCAAAACUUAAAGCCAUACAAGUUAUCAAAAUCCUUUUCUCCCGAGAUGAGUUCAGUGUGUAGUAGCAUCUAAUAAGAAAAGGAGAAGAGAAAAAGAUUAAGUAUCUGUCACUGUGGCAAACUGGUGGAGUAGGCAGAGGCUUAAUACAUCAUCUAGUCCCAGUAUGACUGAGUGGCCUUAAGCAUUCCAGCCAGCCUUUGGGGUACCAGUCUUCCCAUUUGUGAUGUAAAAGGGUCUGGUCUUCCAUUAUUAUACCACCUAACAAGCUAGAAGACAGUGUGUCUGCAGUUCUGGCAUAUGUAACUGUGCUAGGUAGCUUGAUUGGAUGAACAGUGCUUAAGAGACUAGUGGAGCAGAUCUCUGAUGUGUCUGAGAGCAUUUCUAAUGACAACUGGAUCAGGAGGCUGUCCCUAACCAAUAGAUUAGCCUUUUAAUAGAUUUGUAUGACACCAUUAUUGGGAAGUGUUGAAAGUUAGGAUGUGAGGCCUAGCUGGAAGAAGCAGGACACAAGCACGUCCGUGGGAACUAUAUCUUGCCCUAACCUCUUCAGGAAUUCCCUUUUCUUCCUCUCCAAGAUGAUAUGAAUAGCUCUCAAUGGGCUGAAACUGUGAGCUAAAAUAAACUUUUCACCUCUAAGUUUUUUCUCUUAGAUAUUUUGGUCUCAGCAAUGUAAAGCUAAUAAACUAGCUUCUUGAGCCUCAGAAACAGCUUGAAAACAGCUUGGGAUCCCAAAGUCCUGGUACAGACCUGGGGUGUGUGUGAAAGUUUCUUCUAAGCAUGUGCUAACAGUCUUCAGGAAGGUUUUAUGAUUAUCUUCAUUUUACAGGUGGGUAACUGAGACAGAGGUAAAGUGACUUUUUUAGGGUCACAUCACGAUACCCUUUUCUGGAGCUCUUCUCUGGGCUGCUCAGAAACCCUGAACAAACACAUUUCAGAAGCUCACAACAAGAAAAAAAAACUCCCUGCUCAGUAAUAGCCUGAUGCUUUGUGAGUCAGAGAUUCUUUUGCUAGUUGUCUUAGUAGAUUUCUAUUGCUGUGAAGACACCAUGACCACAGCAAUUCCUUUUCUUUUUCUUAAUAAUUUAUUUUUAUGUACAUUGGUGUCUUGAUUGCAUGUGUGAGGGUGUCAGAUCUCCCUAGAACAGGAAUUACAGACAGUUGUGAGCUGACGGGUGGGUACUGGGAAUUGAACCCAAGUCCUCUGGAAUUGCAGCCAGUGCUCUCUUCUUUAUUAUUGUUAUUAAAAUUUUAUUUUUAUUAAA